AUGGAUAAAUCCCCAAUCAUCGCGAUUGUGUCAGAUGUCUCGCAUGACGACCUCUACAGCCAUAUGCGAAAAUGGUCUCGCCACUUCCGUUAUUUUCGAGACCUGGAGGAACAAAAAGAAGAGAAAAAACGAAUGUAUUGUCUGGAGCACCUUAAGGACCCGGACAAUCCGGAAACCCGUCUUCACUCUCAAUUCUCGGAACAGAACCUCGUGAUUAAAGAAGAAAUCGGAAAAGGAGCGUUCGGAUGCGUGUUCAUUGCUCAACACAUUUCAAGUUACACGAAAGUUGCAGUUAAACGAAUGAAGAACCCGAAAAAGGAGUUUCAGAAGUAUUCACUGAUAAUGGAGACACGUGUUCAUAUGAUUUCGAAUCAUAAAAAUAUUGUACCUUUGUUUGAAUAUUACCAAACAGACAAAUUUUUCCACAUCGUAAUGCCGUACUAUGCGAAUGGAUCAUUAUCGGCGUAUAUGGACAAAAAAGGUGCACUCAACAGAAUCGAGUCUGCCAGAAUUGCUUUCGAAAUUCUCAAUGCUCUUGUGUUUCUACACAUUAAGAAGGUUGUCCAUCGCGAUCUGAAACCACAGAACUUACUUAUUGGAAACAAUGGAGAGAUAAGAUUGACAGAUUUCGGCCUGGCGGAGUUCCAGAAAAGAAUCGAAGGAAAAUGUGGAACGCUGAACUACAUGGCCCCUGAAGUUAUAAAAUGUCAGCAACAGAGUUACUCAGUCGACGUAUGGUCUUUUGGCUGCAUUGUGUUUGAAAUAUUAAUUGGACAAUAUGCAUUCGACGAUUGGCUGUCUGGAGAAGAAAAUCUGUUCUGUCUCCUACAAAUGCACGUCAAAAUUCCAACUUCCGCGGCUACUCUGAUAUCCGAGUGCCUCUAA